AUGGGGGUUGCUUCCCAGAAUGAUGGCUGCAGGCAUUGGGCUGGAAGCAUUGCUAUUCCUCAGGCUCUUGAGUUAGAAUCCUGGGCUAUUUCUAUCCGAGUCAGAGGAGAGAUCGUGGUCAAGUUGGUGGUGGUGGUGGUUUUACUUGCCUUGUACAUGCUGUCUUCGAUCAUUCUUGGGCUGAAGGAAGACAUCAACACAAAGAAUAGCAACCGCAUUAAUUUGAAGGUGGCAGGGCAAGAUGGUUUGGUGGUGCAAUUUAAGAUUAAGAGGCGCACACCACUUAGUAAACUAAUGAAAGCCUCUUGUGAACGACAGGGUUUGUCAAUGAGGCAGAUCAGAUUCCGAUUUGAUGGGCAACCAAUCAAUGAAACAGACACACCUGCAGGGUUGGAAAUGGAGGAUGAACAUGCAAUUGAUGUAUUCCAGCAGCAGACAGGAGGCCCUUACUAA